AUGAACACGUAAAAAAAAAUUAUAUAUGUAUAAAGUAAAAUUAAUAUAACGUUUAUAUAAGAAAAAAAAAAAAAUUUAAUGUUUAAAAAAAUGCGCUUUAAUAUUAUUUCUUUAUUAAUUUUUUCCUUCUUGAUAUGUUUUGUACAUAGUAAAAUUGUUAAUGAUCAAACCCUUUCAAUAACCAUUAGAGACUUCUUAUUAUCAAAAGGAGAUAAGUUUGUUAAGGAGACGACAAAUGUUUCGUCAAAUAUAAGAAAAAGAGAUGCUUUACCGAUGCCACAGGCUGUACCAGGUGUACCAGGUGCACCAGGUGCACCAGGUGCAGGUAAAGAUGCGGGAAAAGUUAAAGAACCAGCGAAAGAACCAGCGAAAGGACCAGGGAAAGAACCAGCGAAAGAGCCAGCGAAAGCACCGGGUGCAAAUCCACCAAACCCACCAGCUGCAAAUCCAAACCCAAAUGCUGCAAAUCCAAAGAAUCCGGCAGCCGGUCCGGGGAAAGAGCCAAAAGGACCAGCUAAAGUGCCUGAACCUAAAGUACCACAACCUCAACCUCAACCUCAACCUCAGCCUCAACCACAACCGCAACCGCAACCUCAACCUCAACCUCAACCUCAACCUCAACCUCAACCUCAACCUCAACCGCAGCCUCAACCUCAACCUCAAGAACCUCAACCACAACCACAACCUCAAACUCCAGUACCAACCACUACUUAUGUUGACCCUGGUGUUGUACCUACCGUUCGUCCAUUUAAUGUUAAUAAUAAAUAUGGUGGUGCUGAUAAAUUGAAAUUUUAUCAAGGGAAUUCUUGGAUAAUUAUUUUAAUGGUUACUAAUUUUUUAUUUUUCACUUUAUUAUAAUAUGUUGAAGAUAUGUGUAAUUUAUAAUUAUUGUGUAAUAAUAUUUGAACACUUUUUAUGAUAGAUAUACUUUUAGUACUAAAUAAAUAGAGGUUCUAUUUAAAAAAGUUCAACGCGACGAUUAACUAAUAAUUAAUAAGAUUUUUAAUAAAAUAUAAUGAUUUUAUCAAGAUAAAAAAAAACGCGUGAUUUUUUUAUAAACGCCCUAGCGAAUAGAUCGUAUCCGGAUAUGCCCGAGUGCCUACAUAAUAAUGUAAUACAGAGAUUUUGUUUAUCGUUCGAUAAAGAGAUAAUUGAUAAAAUCGUAUCAUAAAUCUGAAGUAUAGUUUUAUUAAAAAUAUAGUUAAAUAUUUAUGUUU